AUGACGGCUGACCUUGUCAGGUGCUCUGCUACUCUUGCUGCGAAGGAUGGCGACGCCGACGUUCUAUGGCUGCGCGAAGUGACGACCCAAUGUCAACUGUGGGACGAAAGAAUCCUAGUCCCGUCGUCUUUGACGCAGCUAGGCUGCAAGGCAAUGACCGGGCUCUCGCUCGUGCCGUUCAUGUACGUCCUCGGAUCCUCUGCAUCGCCCACGUUGUCGGGCCGCUCCGCAAUACCAUUUUCACCGGGAUUCGACAUCUCAGCGGUCCUUUCCCUCGCGGUCUCUCUGCCCUCACACUCAUGGGAAUUCGGCACGGCGUCAGAAGCUCUCCUUGAACUUUACGAUGCCCCUUACUCUGUUUAUGGCGAGAAGCCCUUUCCGAUACCUUGGCUGUCGCCCUCUCCCCAUUCUCGAGUCUACUCGCCGGCGCUGGAUUACGCCAAACAAAAUAUCGUGAUUGGGACACCGCCCAAUGGACUGAGCGACGGAGACGGGGCGGUGGGAGACCCAGCGAGUUUGGGAGUGGUCGCGCUUCUACUGGGCGUUGGGGAUGAGAAAUACAGGGUCGCUGCAGAGGAAGAGAUAGAUUAUCUGUUGGAAGGUGCUCCUAGGUGGCAUAACGGAGCGGUAUCUCAUCGUGCAGCAUAUGCCGAACUUUGGGCUGAUUUUAUCUACAUGGCACCUCCUUUUCUGGCCUACUACGGCGCUGCGAUGUCCAACGCUACCGUCCUCCGAGCAGCCGUUGAACAGUGCCGACUCUACCACCAAGUUCUACUCACCAACACCACUUCCCCAGCCUAUUCUCCCGCCAAGCAGCCACAGAGCACCGCGGGUCUCUGGGUGCACAUCGUCGGCCCAGAGAACGCUGACCCAGGCCUCUGGUCGACAGGGAACGCCUGGGCCGCUGCUGGGAUGAUGCGCGUUCUCGCUACGGUGCUCAAGGCGGGCAGUACGCUCUCAUCCUCAUGGAGACACACGGCCAUCGCUGAUCUGACUCGGAUGAUCACUGAUAUACUCGACGCGGCGAUCCGGCUGCAGCCUCAAGUUCAGAUCGAGGGUUAUGGUGGUGGAGGGAAGGACAAGGGGCUUCUCAGGAACUACCUCGACGACGAGACAUGGUUCGGGGAGAUAUCGGGAAGCACACUCCUAGCGAGUGUUGCGUACCGCUUGGUGUCGACCCCUGGAAUAUCCUUGUCAAAAAAGGAUACCAGACGGUAUAUUGCGUUUGCGGAGUCCAUUCGCUUGCUGUUGGGUGAGAGAGAUGCAGAAGGUGAGGGGAUGUAUGUGAGCAAAAAUGGGACCGUGGCUCCUGCUGUGAACCCUCUUGGAUGGGGUGAUCGGACGCCUUACACAGCUGGCAGUCCGGAAGGUCAGAACUUUGUGGUGCUGAUGUACGCUGCGUGGAGAGACUGGAAGCAAAAUCAGUGA